AUGUGGCUCACAAUAUCAACUACCACCCGGCUAUGCGUUGAAGAGGAUGAAGACCUCUGGCUUUACGAGAGCGACGAUUCAGAAGACAGUUACGAGUUUGAGAGCAUCAGCAAGGGCUACUAUGAGCCACUCAAUAAAAGCUAUAGCACGAGUCCCGUGAUUCCAACUGAAUCCCAUCAUGGGAGUUCGUUGGCCAUUACCCUAAGUCACACAGUUGGAGCGCCUGCCGAACAAUCAGCGGAGCAAGAUUCGCGAGCCUCGCCGAGGGAGAGUGGCCGUGACUGCUCGACACCCACUUUUGUGCAAGGACAACGCAUUCAAAGCACUGUCGCGCCAGAUAAAACAAGUCCCUACCUAGAUUGGGCCAUCAUGAGUGUGGAUGAAGCAACAUCGAGUUCACGGCGCCACAAUUUGAUCCACGCGAGGCAAAACACAUGGAUCCGGCUUCAGGCUACGAUAAAUUUUCCACCAACCGGCAUUACACCUGUCGUCAUGGUGUCAGGUAUAAAAGGAGUCAGGAGCGGAGAGAUUUUGCAUGGAAUGAGUUAUAUCGGGUCACGCCCCGGACAACAAAUGUGCAGAGCAUGGACUAUGCUCCUAACUUCGCCUAAAGGAGUUUUCCCAGGCGAAUGCGGCUCAAUCGUUGUGGAUCAAAAGUCAUUCGAGGUUUAUGGCCACGUCGUAGGCUCAAACCAUCUAGGACAUGCAUACAUUGUUCCUUUGAGUGACACCUUUGAUCAAAUCAGAACAGCUUUCAAUUCGGAGAACGUUGGAUUCCCUAGUCUCACUAGGGAGUUUCGGCCAGCCCCGGACUCUGAACACAGCACUACCCAUCGAGCUCGGGCGUCAAGCAGUAUCUCGAACGAUCCGUCCUGGGAAAGCAGAACAGGAAGUGCGAGGAAUUAUACCCAAGACGACAGGUUAGCCGAGGUAGCAUACAGUCGCCAAGAGCGCAUGCUCUAUGCCUCGAGGCUUCUAGGUCCUAACCGACCUCCGACACAUAGGUCGAGUGCAGCGGACGAUGUCCACGCCUACGAACGACUAUAUGGAGGGCAACAACAACAGCAAUACGUUACACCGCCAACCGUCUACUAUGACGACCAGUUUGGGACCUUGCCUGCUGCAUCAAGCUACGCACAAGUCCUCCCCGAACUCGAAGACUUCGAUACGUCGAGCAACAGCCGUAGAAGCGAGUCCUCCCGCGCGAAGGAGCAUGGUAGCCAACAGAAGCAUGAAAGCCCUCGUCACUGAUGAGGAUCGCGGUCUCGGGGCCUUUUCCCAUGGAGACUUGAAGCACUGUCUCUUAUCUUCUUCCCGAGCCAUAAUUUAAUCAGGUUGAACCAACGAGCUUGAAGAAGACAGGAAACCUUACAAACGAGACUUUCUAGCUCUGGUUUUCGAAAAACUGGUUAUGCAAGCUGACUGAGGGAACGGAACGAGGACUGACGACCUGAACAUCUUGUCUCCAGUCUCACAAAAGCAUCUCUCAGCAUGGAACUUUUACCAACGCAAGAAAGAUUUACCCCUGAAUCCGCAUUUUCUCCCCCAGUGGGAUCCAUGAGAGCAUUGGUAAAGCGAAAGCGAAGGCUAUGGCGGCUCAGUGAUUAGAAAUUCCUUCCCAUGUGGUCUGCAUCGUUUGCCUUGCCGGUGAUGCAUUCAAUUUCCAAGUGUUACACUCGGAGCGAGGGGUCGUCAAGCCUGCAGGAUAAGACUCUUAAAAGGCUACCUGCUUACCCGGUCAUCAAUUUCAUUGUUUUUGUCAGAGCACAUCAACGUAGUGCAAACAGGCAGUACCUUUGGCAAGAGACCCAAGGUGGUUGUUUAGAAUGGUUGUCAUGUUGAUGAGUCUUCUGCUUCUACGCACGGCCUUGGCGCUAGAAUUUGAGCCACCUCGACUUUUCCACCUCAAGAGUUCGACGAAAUGCACCGAGGUGACAAGUUUUAUCACCUCCAUUUCGAAUGAACCGCCUUCCGCAUUUUGCACAAUGUGCACCCUAUGGUCCACCGAAGUCAACGUCCUUCUCAGACGCCUUACGGCAGCAGUCUCUUGGGAGUGCGAGGGUAGUACGCUGCGAGGUGAACGCUGGGCAAUGCCAGGAACCAAGCAACCACACGAUCAAGACCAAUACCACCUCCACCAUGCGGCGGCACACCGACCUGGCGGAACGUUGUAAGGUACUCCUUGAUGCCGCCGCUUUCAGGGUCAACACCCUUGGCGCGGAUACGGUCCUCGAGUUCAGCCGGGUCGUGAAUACGUUGACCGCCGGAGAGCACCUCCUGUCCACGGAUGAAGAAGUCGAAGGCAUUCGUGACACGAACACCGUCUCCAACCGUGGUACCCGCAUCAUCAACCUUGGCAUAAAACGGCCGAGCCGUCUCAGGGAACUUGUCAAUGACGUAAAAGUCCGUCUUGUACUUGAGACGUACGACUUCACCAAGAGCCUUCUCUUGGGGGGUGCUCAUAUCUUCAUCGUCCCGUACGUUUGCAAAUUCGGCGGGGCCUUCUUCUCGCAGAAGCUUCUGUGCCUCGGCGAAGGUCAAGCGGACUUCUUUGCCGGGCUCGGGAAGGAGGAGCGGUUCCGAGUGGUAGACGGAUCGAACCGUUUCGAUUUCGUCCGCACAUCGCUCUGUAUUGGCAGCAAGGAAGAUGGACAACAACACGCCCUCCAAUGUGGUAAGAACCUCGGUGUAGGAAUGCUUGAUUUCCAUCUCAACAUCAAGGCCCGUGAACUCGGUCAUGUGUCUCGGGGUGUUGGAGUUUUCAGCUCUGAAGACGGGACCGAUGCUAAACACACGCUCUCUGCCUCCUGCAAUCUCGAAUUGCUUGUAGAACUGAGGCGAUUGGGCGAGGAAAGCCUCCUCGCCGAAGUAUGCGAGUCGGAAGACAUUGCCACCGCCCUCGGACGCUGCGCCGAUAAGGCAAGGCGGCUCAAAUUCCUUGAAUCCGCGGUCUUCGAGGUAUGAACGGAAGAUUCUCUUCACUUGAAUGCGGAUGUCCUCAAUGGCCUGCUGAACAGGAGCGCGCUUGUGCAUGGCAAUGUUGUCAAGAUGGGUGAGCAUGCUGGCGGCUGGCGUCGUAGUCUCGGCAGCGGGCUUAGCAGCCUUCUCGGCGUCAACAUCUCCCGCUUGGGCCUUCUCGUCGCUGAAGUUGACGAUGGGCUGGCUUGCAGCGCCCAGGGUCAUGCCAAGCAUGGUGGGAGCCGGCGCGAGGACGAAGCACUUUGUGAUGUGAAGCUCGAGUCCCGAGACUCGGCAGCUCUUGACGGGCUCGAGAGGUUGCUUCACCUUGGCUUCAACAGCAACGAAGCUCUCGGGGUUGAUGCUGGUAAUCCAUUUGACCAUGCGUCGACUGACAAUGGGCUCCUCCUCGGAGGCCAGUACGACUCCCUGGAUGUUCCAGUUGCCCCCCUUGCGGAGCUCGACAAAGCCCAUCUUGGCACUCUGGACGCGAGAGUUUUGGAGCCAGGCACGCACGAUGACCGUCUUGCCAUUGUAGGAUUCGUCAAGGGAACGGAUUUCGACUUCUUCGGCGUCCUUGCUGAAGGGCGGGGUCGUGGUCUGACUGUUGCCAUAGUUGUCCUUGGCGGGGUCGUCCUCGAGGUUCAGGUUGGCGGCGGCGGCGGCGGCGAGUUCGGCAGCGCGCUGGGCCUUCAGGGCCUCCUUCUUCGCCUUGGCCUCGGCCUUCUUCGCGCCCUUCUUCGACGUGGGGGCGCUUGCGUCUUCCAUGAUGCUGGUGUUUGUCAGAAUUGGUGAUGGAGGGCAAUUCCGAAAAGCCGUAGGGGUGGAAUGAGGGGU